CCCCGCCAUCACCAAGUCCAUCCCACCAACACACAACCCUCCCACCAGCAAUGGUCAAGGAACGAGCUGCGCCCAAGCAGCGCGCCGACGACGAUGGCGAGAGCGACACGGACAUCUCGGCCGUCAUCGGCGGCUGGGCGUCGUCGUCGGCCCAGGGAGGCAGCAGCGCUGCCGCAACGACGCAUCCCACCUUUGGGCACCCGACCAAGUUGAUGUCCUCUCGUAAGCAGAAAGCCGACAUCUUCAUCCGUCAGAAGACGCGCCCCGAGCACCAUCUCGACACCCCGGUUGCCGGCCCCAGGGCGCCGACGUAUCAGGCUCGAAAGGCGCCGCCGCCGCCCAUGUUCAGCUCUGUCGGGUCGACACCUACAUCCAGUUCGACGACGACGACGACGACGACGACGACUGCGGCCUCGAGGAUUAUACCACCACCAGCAGCAGCAGCGCGGUAUGGAGGAGACGAGGUCUUCUAUACGGACCCAACAAAGGCUAAUGAGGAAUUGAAAGCCUUGCUGGAGGGAGGCAUAGAGGGCGAUGACGACGAAGGCCCCAAGGCCGACACAGCGCCCAAGGACCCCAAGGUCAUAGCCAAGGACGGCGUCGUGGUUGGUCUCAAGGUGCAGCUGCUCCCUCAUCAGGUAGAGGGCGUCAAUUGGAUGCGUGGCCGCGAGCUUGGCCCCGUCAAGAAGGGUACCGUGCCCAAGGGCGGACUGCUUGCCGACGACAUGGGGCUGGGCAAGACGCUGCAGUCGAUUGCCCUCAUUCUCCUCAAUCAGAAGCCAAGGAAAGACGAACCGGGUUGGAAGAAGCACUAUUCGGGCAUCGACAAGACAACCCUCGUUGUUGCACCUCUGGCAUUGAUCAGGCAAUGGGAGUCGGAGCUCAACGAAAGGGUCGACAAGGCCCAGGGGCUCAAGGUGCUGGUACAUCACGGACCGCAACGGACAAAGGAUUCCAAAGACCUGAAGCAGUACGAUGUUGUCAUCACGACUUACCAGAUCCUCGUCUCCGAACACGGAAAGUCGCAGGGCGAUGACCAGAUGGGCUGCUUUGGAUUUCACUGGUGGCGACUCAUCCUCGAUGAGGCGCACACCAUCAAGAACCGCAAUGCAAAGGCCACCAAGGCCUGCUACGCCCUCCGAUCCGAGUAUCGCUGGUGCCUAUCAGGAACACCCAUGCAGAACAAUCUCGAGGAACUGCAGUCACUCGUCCGCUUUCUCCGCAUCAGGCCCUACGACGACAUCAAGGCGUGGAAAGAGCAGAUUGAGCUUCCCAUGAAGGGCGGCAAAGGCCACAUCGCCCUCCGGAGGCUUCACAGCUUCCUGCGCUGCUUUAUGAAGAGGCGCACAAAGGAGAUCUUGAAAGUCGAUGGCGCACUCACGCCUGGCGGAGUGCCGUCAGGCGAGGGCGCAGCCCCGAUCGGCGGGUUCAGACACACGAACCGCAAGGUGGUCACUGUCGCCACGGAGCUGUCUCCUGCGGAGCGCAAGUUCUAUCAAAAGCUGGAGGCUCGUGCCGAUCAGAGCAUGACGAGGAUGAUGAAGGAGAAGAUUAGCUACGCCAACGCCUUUACGCUGCUGCUUCGCUUGAGGCAGGCCUGCAACCACCCGAAGCUGCUCGAAGGCAAGCUGGGGGAGGACAAGGAUGCAAUGUCCACAGAUGUUGGGAGCACGAAGCAGCAGGAUACCGAUGUCGAUUCGGUGGCCGAUCUACUCUCUGGUAUGGGCAUCAGCACUAAAGAAUGCAGCAUCUGCGGUCGGCCGAUUGAAAAGAAGGAGCGUCAAGCUGGCAGCGACAACUGCGCUGAAUGUGCUUCAGAUUUGGCAUACUUUUACGGCGGUGAUGAGGAGACCAACAAUGCAAAGAAGAAGAAGAAGCCAGCCAAGGAGACUACAAAAUCCACGACCUCCAAGUCCAAGAAGAAGGGAGCAAGCCAGAAGCAUGGCAGACCCGUCAUUGACAGCGACGACGAAGAAGAAGAAGAGGAGGAAGAGGAAGGUAGCUGGCUCGUCUCGGGCAGCGAACGGGGAGCUCUACGCCUUGGCAAGGCUGGAGGGGAGGAAGACGAGAACGCAGAGGGUGGCGGAGACUCGCUGGGGUCAGAGGACUCGGAGACCGAGGACGAUGAGGAUGGGGAUGAAGGCGCAAGCAACCUCGACAGCUUCGUGGUGGAUGAUUCGGUGGCCCGAAAGGAAAAAGGCUACAAGUCUGUGGACGAGGCGUCGUCGGACGAGGAUUCGCUACGAGCCAUUUCCGUUUCUGACGACGAUUCCCAAGCUGGUUCUGAAUCUGAAGAGGAUUCAGAGGCCUCGUUUGAAGACUCGGAAGCGACGUCGUCGGACGAUGAAGACGAGGACGAGGAAGAAGAAGAAGAGGACGAUGAAGAGGAGGAGUCAGAAGAAGAAGAGGGCAACGAGCUCUCCACGAGCAAGAAACCCCUCUUCUCGUCCGCCAAGAUCCGGGAGCUCACCAAGCUCCUGCGCGCCGAGGCGCACGAGCACAAGUUCAUCGUCUUCUCGCAGUUCACCUCGAUGCUGGACCUGGUGGAGCCGUUCCUGCGCAAGGAGGGCUUCGCCUUCACGCGCUACGACGGCAGCAUGCGCAACGACGCGCGCGAGGAGAGCCUGCGGCGGCUGCGCGAGGACAAGAAGACGCGGGUGCUGCUGUGCAGCCUCAAGUGCGGCAGCCUGGGGCUGAACCUGACUGCCGCGACGAGGGUCAUCAUCAUUGAGCCGUUUUGGAAUCCUUUCGUCGAGGAGCAAGCCAUCGACCGCGUCCACCGCCUCACCCAAACCGUCGACGUAGUCGUCUACAAGCUCACCGUCAAGCAAACCGUGGAAGAAGGCAUCCUCGACCUGCAGGACAAGAAGCGGCUCCUCGCCGAGCAGACCAUUGAGGGAAGUUCCAAAAAGGGCGCGCUGAAGCUGGGGCUCAACGAAAUCAUUGAUCUGUUUCGUCCGAUUCACACGUCUCGCUUUGGCAAUGACGGGGCGUAUGAUGCUGGGGCGGGUGGUGGUGGUGGUGUGCAUUAUGAUGGGGAUGAGGAGAGGAGGAGGAGGGCGGCGGCGGCGAAUUUGAUGAGGAAGGGUGUGAAGCAGACGGCGGGGAAGAGGGUGGAGGAUGGAGCGUAUGGGAGACGCUGGUAGUAUUAGGGGGGUAAGGUGAAAGGGGAGGACGAGGG